AUGUUGAGUUUACGUAACGUUCUUGGUAGACCAUCAUCAUCUACUGUUAGAAUGUUUUCCCAAUCGGCCGUGGCUUCUCAAACCAUUGGAUCCAACAUUAAGGGGACCGAUUUCAAUGCUGCCAAAUACAUGGGUCAAAAAUACCAUGUUAUAGAUCACGAAUAUGAUUGUGUGGUUGUCGGCGCUGGAGGUGCUGGGUUGAGAGCUGCCUUUGGAUUGGCCGAGGCUGGUUUCAAGACCGCCUGUAUCUCCAAGUUAUUCCCAACCAGAUCCCAUACGGUGGCUGCCCAAGGAGGUAUCAACGCGGCCUUGGGAAAUAUGCACAAGGAUGACUGGCACUGGCAUAUGUAUGACACUGUCAAGGGUUCCGAUUGGUUGGGAGACCAGGAUGCCAUCCAUUACAUGACCAAAGAAGCUCCUCAAUCGAUCUAUGAAUUGGAAAACUAUGGGGUUCCAUUCUCCAGAAAUGAAGAGGGAAGAAUCUACCAAAGAGCUUUCGGAGGUCAAGCCAAAGAAUACGGAAAGGGUGGUCAGGCCUACAGAACUUGUGCGGUGGCUGACAGAACUGGCCAUGCCUUGUUACACUCGUUAUACGGUCAAUCCUUAAGACACGAUACCCAUUUUUUUAUUGAGUUUUUCGCUACCGACUUGUUGAUGCAAGACGGUGAAUGUGUGGGUGUUAUGGCUUACAACCAGGAAGAUGGAACUUUACACCGGUUCCGUGCCCACAAGACUGUCAUGGCCACCGGGGGUUACGGAAGAGCCUACUUCUCCUGUACCUCUGCCCACACCUGUACUGGUGAUGGAUAUGCCAUGGUUUCAAGAGCCGGGUUGCCCUUGGAGGACUUGGAGUUUGUGCAAUUCCAUCCUUCCGGUAUCUACGGAUCUGGUUGUUUGAUCACAGAAGGUGCCAGAGGUGAAGGUGGAUUCUUGGUCAACUCUGAGGGUGAAAGAUUCAUGGAACGUUAUGCUCCUUCCGCCAAGGAUUUGGCUUCAAGAGACGUGGUUUCCAGAGCUAUCACCAUGGAAAUCAAUGAAGGUAGAGGUGUGGGGGCACAUAAGGAUCACAUGUAUUUACAAUUGAGUCACAUUCCUGCUUCGGUUUUGAAGGAAAGAUUACCUGGUAUCUCUGAAACUGCCCACAUUUUCGCUGGGGUCGAUGUCACCAAAGAGCCCAUUCCUAUUUUGCCAACCGUCCACUACAACAUGGGAGGUAUUCCAACCAAAUGGACUGGGGAAGCAUUGAGAAAGAAUGAAAAGGGUGAGGAUGAGGUUGUUCCUGGAUUGUUUGCCUGUGGAGAAGUUGCCUGUGCUUCUGUUCACGGUGCCAACAGAUUGGGAGCCAACUCCUUAUUGGACUUGGUGGUGUUUGGAAGAGCCGUCGCUCACACCAUCACCGAUCAAUUGACUCCUGGUACUCCUUUGAAGCCAGCACCAAAAGACAUUGGUAUGUUCUCGAUCGAGAACUUGGACAAGAUGAGAAACGCCAACGGUACUAAGAGCACCGCUGAAAUCAGAUUGGAUAUGCAAAAAACCAUGCAAAAGGGAUGUGCUGUGUUCAGAAUGCAAGACACUUUGGACACUUGUGUGGAACACAUAAAAGAAGUCGACAAGUCGUUUGCCCAAGUUAAGACCUCUGACAGAUCGAUGAUUUGGAACUCAGAUCUUGUAGAAACCUUGGAAUUGCAAAACUUGUUGACCUGUGCCACCCAAACCGCUCAUUCGGCUGCUGCCAGAAAGGAAUCUAGAGGUGCACACGCCAGAGAUGACUAUCAAAGCAGAGACGAUGAAAACUGGAGAAAGCACACGUUAUCAUACCAAACCAACUGGGGUGACGAAGUCAAAUUGGACUACAGAGAUGUUAUCAGAACCACCUUGGACGAGAACGACUGUAAGCCGGUUCCCCCUGCUGUGCGUGUUUACUAA